AUGGUUGGAAAGAGCUCAAAAGGGGUUACUUCUCCCCAAAAAUCCGCUAGGUUCGACGAGAACAUGUCAAAUGGUGAGUCCGAACUUGGAAGGGCUGACAGUAUUCUCAAAUCGCCGAAUCCAAUGCAUUUAUCCAGCUUUCACUUACCCCGAAUCAAUGAACGCGUUCAAUUCGACCAAGAAAAUGAUUCCAUUGAAAAAGAUAAGGAGGAAGAGGAAGGCAAAAUGAAGAGGAUGCGAUGGGGAACAACCAGACACGCGUCCGGCCGACCUAAGAGGUCCAAGUCAAUUUGGCGACGAAAUACCACCCGAAGAAGGGAAAAGGAAGAACCACAGGAGUCUAAUCCUACCAAUGUCGCCAACGAUCACAGAGGCGAACAACGUAAGAUAUUUCACAACUUGCCUUUGGAUCCUGAUAUGCUUGCUGAGAAUGGCGAUCCUCGCAACACUUACCCUAGAAACAAGAUCCGAACUACCAAAUACACCCCUUUGUCAUUCAUUCCCAAAAAUAUUGCAUUUCAGUUCCGGAAUAUCGCUAACGUAUACUUUUUAACCAUGAUUAUUCUUGGAGCAUUUGAUAUCUUUGGAGUUCCCAAUCCAGCUUUAAGUGCUGUUCCAUUGAUUGUCAUCGUCAUAAUAACGGCAAUAAAAGAUGCCAUAGAAGACUCAAGAAGGACAGGGUUGGAUAUGGAGAUCAAUAAUCAAAUCACACACCUCUUGCAUGGAAUUCCCAACCCAAAUGUCCUUUCAAGCAACGUUUCUUUAUGGAGAAAGUUUAAAAAGGCAAACACAAAGCUUUUGUUCAUAGUGCUAAGAUCAGUUAAAAAAUUAUUCAAGAAAUCGGAGAUCAAACUUCCUGAAGCUGCAAAUAACAGAGUAUCUUUGGAGACCAUGAGAUCAUCAAUAGGUGAAGAUCCCUUCAACAGUGAACUCAAACCUUUGAAGUUUUCAAGGGACUAUUGGAAGGACGUCAAGGUCGGAGAUAUCAUUAGAAUCAAGAACAACGACUCAAUUCCUGCAGAUGUGUGUAUCUUGGCCACUUCUGAUGAAGAUGGUGCCUGUUAUGUGGAAACUAAAGAUCUGGAUGGUGAAACAAAUCUGAAGGUUAAGAAUUCUUUGAAAUGUACCUCCUCUGUUGUCAGACGCCCACAUGACUUGGACAAGCUCCAGUUUCAUAUUGAUAGCGAAGGUCCGCACCAUAAUCUAUAUUCCUAUCAGGGAAAUUUUGUUCUUCAUGAUGGAUACUCCUCAUCCAGCGAGCCAAUAACCAUUAACAACUUACUUUUAAGAGGAUGCUCUUUACGAAACACGAAGUGGGCAAUUGGUAUCGUCAUUUUCACUGGUGUAGAUACUAAAAUCAUGAUAAACGCAGGAAUUACACCCACCAAGAAAUCUAAGAUCUCCAGAGACCUGAACUAUUCUGUCUUACUGAACUUCCUCUUAUUGUUCAUCCUAUGUUUGGUUUCCGGUUUAGUGAAUGGUAUUUAUUAUACAAAUGACAAUACCUCCAGAACUUAUUUUGAGUUUGGUACAAUUGGUGGAACUCCAGCUGUUAACGGUAUCAUCUCCUUUUUCGUCGCAGUUAUUUUGUACCAGUCGUUAGUUCCAAUUUCGUUGUACGUUUCCAUCGAGAUAAUCAAAACGGCACAAGCAUUCUUCAUCUAUUCGGACGUCAAAAUGUACUAUCCACAGUUAGACUACCCAUGUACCCCCAAGUCGUGGAAUAUUUCUGAUGACUUGGGCCAAAUAGAGUACAUUUUCAGUGAUAAAACGGGGACAUUAACUCAAAAUGUGAUGGAGUUCAAGAAAUGUACAAUCAACGGAGUAUCUUAUGGUAGAGCAUAUACAGAAGCCUAUGCAGGUAUCCGCAAACGACAAGGUGUUGAUGUGGAAGAGGAAUCAUCCAGGGAGAAGAAAGAGAUUGAAGCUGACAGAUUGGAAAUGUUUGAAUCCCUGCAAAAGAUAAGCAAGAAUCCCACUCUUUCUCUUGAAGAUCUUACCUUCGUCUCAAAAUUGUUUGUGGAUGAUUUGAAGAAAGAAGAUUCCGUCCAAAAGCAUUGCAAUGAAAACUUCAUGUUAGCCCUUGGGCUUUGUCACACAGUGGUUACAGAAGAGAAUCCCAAAACAGGCAAAGUAGAAUUCAAGGCACAGUCUCCCGACGAAGCUGCCCUUGUUAGCACUGCUAGCGAUAUGGGUUUCACGUUUGUUGAUAAAACAAAGAAAGGCAUGAUUUUGAACGUCCAAGGAGAAGAAAGACAAUAUCAGAUAUUGAGUACUUUGGAAUUCAAUUCUACAAGAAAAAGAAUGAGUGCGAUUAUAAAGAUUCCACCAACUUCUCCAGACGCAAAACCUAAAGCACUCUUGAUUUGCAAGGGUGCUGAUUCUGUAAUAUAUGAACGCUUAUCCAAGACCCGAAAUAACACCAAGAUGGUAGAUAGAACUGCCAUCCAUUUAGAGCAAUUUGCUACAGAAGGAUUAAGAACCCUUUGUAUUGCUCAAAGGGAGCUAGAAUGGGAGGAAUACGAAGAAUGGGCUAUUAGACAUGACGAGGCGGCUGCAUCCAUCACUGACAGAGAAGAGCGUUUAGAAGAGUGCGCUGAUUCAAUUGAGCGAGAGCUAGUUCUUCUUGGUGGUACAGCAAUUGAAGAUCGACUUCAGGACGGUGUCCCGGAUGCCAUUGAGCUUCUUGGUCAGGCUGGUAUCAAACUUUGGGUCCUUACUGGUGAUAAAGUGGAAACCGCCAUCAACAUUGGGUUCUCUUGUAAUUUACUUGGUUCAUAUAUGGACUUGCUAAUUAUCAAGACUCAUGGGGAAGAUGUUCAUGAAGUUUUAGGAAAGGAUUAUUCUGACACUGAUGAAAAACAGGUUGUUCAAAGGCUUAUUUCUAAGUAUUUGGAAGAAAAUUUUGAUAUGCAAGGUUCUAUGGAAGAACUUAUGCAAGCAAGAAAAGAACACAAUCCACCGUCCCCAAGGUUCGGACUUAUCAUUGACGGAGACGCAUUAAAGAUAGCUCUGCAAGAUGAUUGUAAAAGACAGUUUUUAUUGUUAUGCAAACAGUGUAAAGCUGUCUUAUGUUGUCGUGUUUCUCCAGCUCAAAAAGCUGCCGUUGUCAAAUUAGUCAAGGACUCUUUGAACGUUAUGACAUUAGCAAUUGGAGACGGUUCCAAUGAUGUCGCAAUGAUUCAAGCAGCGCACGUCGGAGUAGGUAUUGCCGGAGAAGAAGGAAGAGCGGCUGCUAUGUCAUCGGAUUAUGCGUUUGGACAAUUCCGUUACCUUGCACGGCUUGUUUUGGUUCAUGGACGAUGGUCAUACAAAAGACUAGCAGAGAUGAUACCAAGUUUCUUUUACAAGAACGUGAUUUUCACACUUGCAUUGUUCUGGUACGGUAUCUACAACAACUUUGAUGGUUCCUACCUGUUUGAGUUCACAUAUUUGAUGUUCUACAAUCUGGCGUUCACUUCGUUGCCAGUUAUUUUCAUGGGUAUUUUUGACCAAGAUGUAAGUGAUGUUGUUUCUCUAUUGGUGCCGCAAUUAUACAGCACAGGAAUUCUUAGAUCAGAGUGGACACAAUCAAAAUUCUGGUGGUAUAUGGGAGACGGAUUCUAUCAAUCCGUUAUAUGUUUCUUUUUCCCUUAUCUGAUGUACUAUAAGAACGGAUUUGUGACCAUGAAUGGCCUUCAAUUAGAUCACAGGUACUUGAUUGGUACAGUCGUUGCAACCAUCUCCAUUCUGGCUUGUAACAUCUAUAUCCUGUUUCAUAUCAACCGAUGGGAUUGGCUAACCAUGCUGAGUAUUUUAUUUUCCAUUGUGGUCUUAUAUGCAUGGACUGGUAUCUGGUCAUCUUCUUUAAGCUCGGGUGAAUACUAUAAAGCAGCUGCCAGCAUGUACGGUACACUUUCUUUUUGGGUUUGUUCUUUUGUUGGUCUUGUGAUUUGUCUCAUACCGAGAUUCACUUAUGACUUUUUCCAAAAGCUCUAUUUCCCCAAAGAUAUUGAUGUUAUUAGAGAAUGCGUCGAUCGAGGAGAUUUCAGCCAAUACCCUGACGAUUAUGAUCCUACUGAUCCUAACCGAAAGAAAAUUUCACAAUACUCUAGAGAUAUGCUUGCUGAACAACAGCCAACAUAUAAGGAGGAAUUAUACAAGCCAACAAUGGCAGUCAAUCACGAAUACCGGGAUUCCAUAAACGGGGUUGCUGGUAAAAGAGGUAGUUUCAUGAAAUCCAUAUUUCACAAGAACAAGAAUAAGAAUGAUGCCAACAUUGCACGAUACAACGCUUAUGGACAAUCUGCAUCCUCAUUACAAACUGAAGAAAUUGAGAUGGAGUUCACAAGUGAUGAUCAGGAUAAAGGCGCUGCCUUAAGAAUGAAGAACUCUAGACAGAGUUUUGAAUCUAGGCGCAGAGGCUCAUUAAACCCCGAAAGACGAGCCUCUUUGAACAAUACAAGAUUACAGAUGAUUAGGAAUGGAGAGUUGGAUGAGAAUCCAGAUACCAGCCCCAGUGCUAUCCAGGGAAUAAGGACCAGCAUGGAUCUUCCUGAAUUAACUGCCGCGGAAACUCUAGUUAGUUUGACCUCCAAAUGA